AAUUGCUGAAGCAUAUUUUUGAGUGAACCUCUCAACAGGACACCAUGAAGACCCUCCACACUAUUCUUCUGCUAGUAUUUGGCAUUACUAUUGCUCAGGGUCUUGAAUACAAGGCUCUGUGGCAGUUCAGGUCUAUGAUCAUCUGUGUCAUACCUGACAGCUGGCCAGCCCUAGACUACGCAGACUACGGCUGCUACUGUGGGUAUGGUGGCUCAGGAACCCCCGUUGAUCAGCUGGACAGAUGCUGUCAGGUACAUGACAAGUGCUACAGUGAUGCCAUGCAACAUGAAGCAUGCUGGCCAAUCCUGGACAACCCUUACACCGAGAUCUAUGCUUAUAGUUGUGACAAAGCAACUAAGAAAAUAACCUGCAAGAGCAACAACGAUGCGUGCGAGAUGUUCAUCUGUGAAUGUGACCGGAAGGCUGCUGAGUGCUUUGCUGUGUCUGACUAUCAUGAGGAAAACAAGAACCUGCCCAGUGAUCGCUGCAAAUAAUUUAUAGACAACUUACACAACACAAAAAGCAGUAGAGCUAGUUAGUAUUUGCACUAGACAGCUAGCCAUUUUAUCAUCUGAGUAUGACAUUAAAGGUAGAUCAAACUGUCUCAACAAUUAUUUUAUGUCCAUCUGAAAUUUUCACUUGUUUUACUUCAUCUCGUGAAAAUCUCUUACCCAAGUAAUAAUCAAUAAACAGCUUAUGAUAACAGGCA